AUGAGUGCCUCUAUUCUUCUGCAACUUGUCCUGACCGGUACGCAAACUCACUACGAGAACAGAGGGUUGAUCGAUGACAAGAGACUGGAUCAUCUGUUGAUCGCCGGAAAACAGAUUCUUUACAAGUCACACCAGGAGAGUGAUGUUCGGUCUGCCUUAGGGUUUAAUCCUCGAGUAUGGGAAGGAUUGACAAAAGUCUUGACCGUCGCUAUCCCAGCACUAGAGCAACAAUCCUUUGCGUGGAAAAAUCCCCCCACGGCCAACUUCAACGGUAGCAGUUCUGAACUGAUCGCGGCGCACUACCUUUCUCUCGUAAAGGACAUUGAACGACUGAACGACCUGUGCACGAUUGCGCGUAACCUGCUGGCCACCACCCGGAAGGCACAAAACCUUGCUUCGGAAAAGGGCUUCGACCAACAAAUCCUCAAGUUAGUCGACAUCUGCGUCCGCGUUACGGCAAGAGGCUUCGAUGGUGAAGCGAAUCCGAGAAACGAGGAGAGAUGGCAAAACGUGGUCAAUCUGUACAAAAGACUCUUGAUCACAUGUCUCCAAUUCUUGCACAACUUUAUUAUGCACAAUGAACAGCGAAAACUGGUUCUUUGGCUCGAUCUCUUUGGACAAUCCCAGACAAGCGACAAUGACGACCAGCUCAUUACGGAGGGCCCUGUCAGUCAGGAGGAUAAAGAGCAGGCUGCCAAAGAAGCAAGAAUCAAAUCUACCGUGGAAGCAUUUGCAAAGAGAAACCAACCUACGCAGCUCGGGUAUAGCAUGGAUGAUGUCCAUGCUCUAUUCGACUUGUUGAGUACCAACAAGGAAGCCGAUAGAUAUGCGCAAGAAGCCGCCAAAGUACUGAUGGACAAGAUCAGAAAGGAUCUGGAGAAUCUGUCCGGUUUGAAUGCCAAUCAGCUUGAUAGCAACCCGGACGCUCUGCUCAAAGUGGGAGCCGAAUUACGUGCGCAAAUGUCUGUUCAGGAAGAAUCUGAGACGACCUCUCAGCCUCCGGCGGAGGAGCGCAACCCUGACAAGGCUGUCAACGGUGCCAAAAACAGUGGCGCACUGCGUCCGUCCCAUUGGAGUAAUCUCCCUGAUCCGGGAUCAUACGGCGACUUGAAUGAAUCUGGUCAUGAUCUGACAGAUGAGGAUUUGUCCAUGCCACGGUCGGCUCGGUCGGCGGCUGCCACGCUUCAGGAAGCCAAAGAUGAACUCAUGGCACGACUACACGAAACUGGCCCGAUCAUCGAUGAAAAUGGAGACCAGACUUAUGACGACGGCGAUCCUGGAGGGGAGCUUGAUGAUGACCUAAUCGAUAGUGUCGAAGAUAGUAUGGAAGAAGAUGAUGAUGACGAUGAUGAUUACCGUGGAUCAGGGGAUCAAGAACGAGGUUUACUUACCGAUGUACCUCUGGUACUGGGACCGACAGAAAUCGAAGCUCUUCCAAUGAUCAUUCAAGCAGGUAUUGUCGACAAUUUUGGAACAAGGAACGGGGAUCGACAAGGUGUGAGGAACAUGCAAGCCGUUCGAUGCCAUAUUCUCCUCGCCCAAGAAGCCGGCCGCAAUGUCUUACGAGAACUGUUGAUUUUCAUCGCGGCGUGGGAUCUUCCCGAUGAUGAAUUCUAUUUCAAAAUGAUGGUUCAAAUCAUGGAAGCAAUUCUCAAGAACGGACUCAUGUCACAUGCCUAUUCCGACUUCGGUCAACCCAAGGAUAUCAUUUCCCCGGCUCAAGCCGUCGUCAUCAAAAUACUCACCCAUAUCUUUCGAGCCAAAUACAGUCCGGCCUCGGUGGUCCAAAACUCGAACGACCAAGCAUUACCAAAGCCUCGAAUUCCUGCGCCUCUGAGCAGAGUCGACGUCCUGACGGUUCGAUACAUUUUCAUCGUCUUCCGCGGGAAUAUUAUCCCCGAGACUUGCGCUCUCAUAUACCUCCAAGGACAGAUUCGAAAUGGUCUAGCUCUGGCAGAGGAUUUUCCAUUGAAUUUGUGGGACAUGGAACGCGUCUACGAAGGCGUCUACCAAUUCUUGGAAUUCUUCGCCGUCCUGACAGAAAACAAUGACUGGAAGCGUCUCCUGGUUCAAUGGGAGAUUGUUUAUGAUCUGGUCACUUUGAUCAAGGAACUUGAUACUAGCAUAGCCAAAAUUCCACUGACACAAUCGAUGCCACCUCCAGCAUCUAACGCAACAAAUGGUUCAUACUCGCACAAAAAGGAUUCAGCCGGGCCAACCUCCAAUAGUGCUAACGCAACUACACAAACAGCUACCCCCGUCACUGUGGAACGACCUUACGACACCUCCAACGUUAAUCCCGCAACCCAAAAGCCACAAGCCUCCACAGACAUGGAGAAUCUCCCUCCUGCUCCCAAUUCUUCCCCCCCGCCAGCUGUGACAGAAGAACCUGCUGAUUUCGAAUGGCGUAACCUCAAAAAGCUGAUAGUUUUGGUUCUCUCGAGCCUGGUGUGGAAAUCUCCCACCGUCCAAAACCAAAUCAGAGAGUAUGGUGGUGUUGAAACGAUUCUGAGUUGCACUCAACACGAUGCAUGCAACCCCUACAUUAAAGAACACGCGGUUAUGUGCCUCAAGUUCCUGCUGGAGGGAAAUCCGGAAAACCAAGCUCUGGUGUCGAGUCUCGAAGCUAGAGAAGUUGUCUCGACCCCUGAAUCCAUGGCGAUCUCUCAGGAUACUUUGGAUAAGAUGGGCGUGAAUAUCGUACUGGGUGAGGAUGGCAAGCCGAAGAUGGCUAGGAAGGCUUCUUGGUUGAAAAAUGCCAUGGCCGCGAGGGAGAAGGAGAGGUUGGCUAAGUUGGCUAAGGAGGCCAGCGGGGUUCUUGGGGGGGCUGUGGAUAGUGAUGGUGAGGAAGAUGGUCAGGAAAAUGUGCUUGCCAGUACUAAGCGUGAUGGCCCGGGGGAUGAGGAUGGUACAGGGAAGGGGAAAGAGAAGGGAAAGGAAAGGGCAGAGGACGCAGACGACAUCGAGUUCAUGUGA